UCUUAAAGGGGCCCCACGAGCAGGAGCUGCCGCCAACCAUGGCUCCAAAAAAGAAAGCAGGCAAGGGGGUCAAAGAGCCCGAGGUCAAGAAGAAGAAAGGGAGCAAGAAAGAUCCCAACCUAGCCAACAAGUCCGCGGAAGUAUUUGUUGAUGAAGAGACACGGGAGUUCUACCACAUCCAGAUCCGAGACCUGGAAGACAGACUGGCCCGGUACCAGCGGAAGUGGGAUGAGCUGGCCACGCAGGAGAAGCUGGUCCACCAGGAGUUUGAGCAGCUGGCCAACAACAAGAAGGAGAUCGUGGCCUUCCUCAAACGCACACUCAACCAGCGGGUGGAUGAGAUUACCGACCUCAAUGAUCAGCUCCAGAGCCUGCAGCUGUCCAAGGAGAUGGAGAAGGACGCCUUUGAGGCACAGCUGGCCCAGGUGCGCCACGAGUUCCAGGAGACCAAAGACCAGCUCACCACAGAGAACAUCAUCCUUGGGGGGAGGCUGGCAGCCCUGGAGGAGUUCCGGCUGCAGAAAGAGGAGCUCACAGAGAAGUUCACGACUCUGGAGGACCAGCUGCGGAAGCAGGAGUGUGACUACAAGGACUAUGUGUACAACCUGGAGAAGAAGUCAGUGCUGGACAAGGACAGACUGAAGAAGGAGAUCAUCCAGCACGUGAACGUGGUGGCCACCGAAUUCCGCAAGGUGGCCACGAACCAGAUGUGGGAUACGACAAAGCGGGCCAUCCGGGAGAACCGCACCGUGACCCUGCAGCUGGCCAAGAUGUCCCGGAAAAGCCUGGCGCUGCUGCAGGAGAAUGAGCAGCUGAGGGGCACCCAGGACACGCUGUGCAAACAGCUGGAGCUGUUGGAAAGCACCCAGAAGGUCAUGGCCAGGCACAGCAGAGGCCACCAGAAGAUCAUCCUCAUGCUGUCCGAGAAGUGCCGCCAGCAGCAGCAGGACACAGUGGAGACUGCACAGCUGCGUCUUCUGCUGAGCCACCUGGAGCAGAGUUUCUUGCAGCUGCAGACAGACAACCAGACACUGAGGAGCCAGAAAGAGCAGCUGAACCUGCAGCUGGAGCAGCAGCACACCAAGGUGAAGCAGCUGCAACAGGAGCUGACCAAAGGGCAAAAAGUUCGGGCCAACCUGGAGAUGGCCAUGGCCCAGGCUACCUCCUUCCUACGGGACAUUCUGCAGAUGCAGCCAGAUGAACAGGAGGACAACGGCUUUGAUGUACUGUUCCAACUGCAGCGCAAGGAAAUGCUGCAGCAGCUGCUGGCCAUGCUCAGCUCAGCCAUGGUCCUGUGUCCCCACCAGGAGACCCAGGUCAAUAGCCCCCUCAAGGAGAGCCGACCCACCACCCAACAGCCCAAGACGGGGCCCCUGCUGCAGCAGCUGUCCGGCAUCACAGCCUACCAGCCAGGGGACCUGGGCCUGGUGCCACGCCGGGUCCACAUUCCCCCCAAUCACCAGGACCUCAGGCUGCUCUCACACUCCACCCGCGUAGGAACCCUCCAGGCACACAGCAGCCCUGAGAUGCAUGCCUCCAGUUCUCCAAAAAGGCUCAAAAAGCUCAGUCUUCCUGAAGUUUUCCUGCAUCCCAAGUAGGACAGAGACAAGAGCAAUCCCCCAACCCCAGACAUGGACCAUUCUGGCCAUAGUCCCCCCUUUAUUCCGUAGGCAGCCCGGGCAGCCCAGAGAAAAAGAGUUGUAUAAAGAGUGGAUUCCACACGU